GCAUGCUUUGACAUCAUGCAUUGCAUAAAAAUGAGCUGCAGCCGCAUGUUCAUGCAGGACAGAGGAUGUAAUGACGGUUUGGGAUUGCUGAGCGUUGGCGGCAUCUCCUCUUGUGAAAGCCAAAUCGUCCGCAGUCCUCCGAUGUCCAGAACAUCCCUCCAUACAUCCUGCAAUUCUCUAGAAGCAGCAGGGCCUUCAGAAAGCAUGGAUUUCUGUAGUGACCACGAAGUGUCUUCUAUCGAGUCUACAUCUCUAGGAGUGUCACCUGCAGACUCUGUGGACAGCAGUACAGAAAUCCAUGUCAGUCUAAGGAAGAAAGUGAAGAACAGGAUCUGCUCAUUCUUCAAGAGGACAUGGAAUGCUAUAAAGCGUCCUUCGCUCAGUGUUGAAACACUGACAGAGCCGUUUACGCCUCCGUCAAAUGACACAGAUCUAGACGGUGCAGAUUCAGCACGUCUUGCGGAUCCUAGGCUGGCUGAAUGGAGCUUUGACAGUGCCAACAACCCCUUUGAAGGAGGACAGUCUUCCAUGAGCCUGAAGGAGCCGAGUGACGAAGAGGCGCCUUCUGUGGAGAACAGCACAGGUAGUUUAUGUGGUUUUGAGUAUUGUAAAUCACAGUACUUUGCUGGAUAUCUGAUGAGCACACUACUGAGUGCACUGCAGCACUGCAGGGCAUCGACUCCAAGACUGUGA